AUGAUUCCGAACACGCUCCCCUACUAUGUCUUCAUCCGCAUAUCGCUCUGGGCCGUUCUGUCGAUCACUCCUGCUAGUGCCGCAUAUUGCCUGGCCCGCGCUCUAGGCUAUGGCGCCACGCUGUUGCUGCCCUGGCCGCUGCAGGUCUUUGCUCUGUGCGAAGUCCUGUUUUACGUCGGCGUCAGCCUUCCGCGGCAGUGGAUGCUGAACCGGUCGUCGCCGACGGUGGUGCAGCGAAGCCGCCAGGAGCGUGAGGCGCUGUUCGACAAGUCCCUGGCCAGCACGCCGGACCUCGACACCUUCCUGAGCGUCUGGUUCCGAGGCGCGCCGCCGGAUAGCAUCUGCCGUGACGACUACAAAGACUUCCUGGCCUGGGCCUUUUUCUACCAGACCAGCGCGGCGGCCUGCGACACCGACGAGCUCGAUGCCUAUGUCCACCGGAUGGAGGAGGCCAUGGGGAGGGUGUUUCCGGCCGGGAGAGGUCCCCGUCGCCCAUCGCAGGUGUCCACAGACCCUCUGCGGCUGCAGCACAAACCCCUCGUGCUAUAUCUGCUUGCCAUCGGCACGGACGACAUCCUGACGUACGCAAAGGCCCGGCUGCUGGGCCUCCAGCACUACCGGCUGCCCCUGCGCGACUUCUUCACCGUCUUCCCGCUACGUCCACACACCCUCUUCACUCGACACACGUCGCCAUCGAGUCACGUGUCAUACUGGCACCGGCCGCACACGUCGCCCACACGGCUGCCGGUCCUGUUUAUCCACGGGAUCGGCGCGGGACUGCGGACCUACAUCGGCUUCCUCGCAGACUUUAUCGCGGCCGACGUGGCAGCCGACGGGCAGACGGGCGUGAUCGCGCUCGAGCUCAUGCCGAUCAGCAUGCGAGUGACACGGGAAAUGCUGCCGCGGGAGGAGAUGUUGGCCGAGAUCCUGGCCAUCCUGGACCACCACGGCUGGGACCGGUUUGCGGUCAUGGGCCACUCCUACGGCACCAUUCUGGCGACGCAUCUGCUGCAGCACCUCGAGAGCGGCGGCAGAGUGGGCCCGCUGCUGCUGGUCGACCCGGUCACCUUCUCGAUGCAGUGGGGCGACAUCCCAUACAACUUCAUCUACCGCCAGCCGCACAAAGCGAGCGAGUGGCAGCUGCACUACUUUGCCUCGACCGACAUGGGGGCUGCCCACAGCAUCACGCGCCGCUUCGACUGGACCGUCAACGUGCUCUGGCGCGAAGAGCUCAAGGGCCGCACCGUCACCGUCGUGCUGGCCGGCCGCGACAUCAUCCUGGACACGCGGGCGCUGCAGUCCUAUCUGGCCGCCGACGAAGAGCUCAGCCCGCACGUGUUUGACGCCAAGGACCUGCCGGCAAGCGGACGGCGCGAUGCCCGAGAGGGCCUGGACAUUGUCUGGUACGACGACCUGAACCACGCUGAGGUAUUUGAGAGCGCUGCCGCCUGGCGGCCUCUGGUCCCGAUUCUUCACAGCUAUUGUGAGGUUGCGUACGAGUAA